AUGGUCGCCUCGAACGCAUCUUCCCCCAAGGCCUUGCGGCAUCUGGUUGUUCGAGAGAGGGCAGCGGCAUCAGGAGCGGCAGCAGCGGCGGUCGGCAAGGCCACGGCCGGCCGUUCGGGUGUGUGUUCCCGUCGCAGGGUGGCUGACGGCCGUGCGUUCGGCAAGCCUGCAGCAAGGGGUGGUCUGGGUGGGCGGGACGGGCCUACGACCGGCGGUGAUGGCGGGUUUGGAGGCGAGACCUAUAUCGGUGGGCCGGCGAGGGUGUCUGACAAGACUGUUGGUUGGCUNCUACGACCGGCGGUGAUGGCGGGUUUGGAGGCGAGACCUACAUCGGUGGACGGGGUCAACCUGUCUGACGAGACUGUUGGUUGGCUCUCGUCGUCAUGUGACAGGGAGGCCGGGUCAGGCGACGCGGGCGGUGCUGGCGUGGAUGGAUUUGGCGGUGGCAUGUGGACAGGGACGACGACACAGGGCGCGGGAGGGCCGUGGACGAAGGAGACUACUUCGGUGAUGUCUUCGGCGGCGAAAGCAAGGGGAGGCGAGCGCCCCCGCCCGCUGCAGACCCGUAAAGGAUCCCCAUGCCAGGAGAACGCGUUGGCAGCGACCCCGGCAAAAGGAACGUCCGACCAGAGUUCCGAGAUGCACUUGGAGAGCGACGACGAGAGCCCGCCGGCAGCAGGUAGUGCGGUGAUGCUCGGAGAGCCGAUCACGGACUCCAAGGUUCUGAAGGCCGUGAGCAUGCAUCUCACGAACAAGCAGAUGCCGCAACACCUUGGCGGAAGAUGCGUUCGAGGCGACUAUCGCCGAGCACGUCGACCGCAACGGAGUGCGAGCUAUCCACGAUCUCGUGUCUGGGAGGAUGACGGCGGUGCUUUCGGCAAGCCUGCAGCAAAGGGUGGUCUGGGUGGGCGGGACGGGCCUACGACCGGCGGUGAUGGCGGGUUUGGAGGCGAGACCUAUAUCGGUGGGCCGGCGAGGGUGUCUGACAAGACUGUUGGUUGGCUCUCGUCGUCAUGUGACAGGGAGGCCGGAUGCCGCAACACCUUGGCGGAAGAUGCGUUCGAGGCGACUAUCGCCGAGCACGUCGACCGCAACGGAGUGCGAGCUAUCCAGGAUCUCGUGACCGGUAUAGGGCGGAAGCACAUCAGGGAGGAUGACGGCGGUGCUUUCGGCAAGCCUGCAGCAAAGGGUGGUCUGGGUGGGCGGGACGGGCCUACGACCGGCGGUGAUGGCGGGUUUGGAGGCGAGACCUAUAUCGGUGGGCCGGCGAGGGUGUCUGACAAGACUGUUGGUUGGCUCUCGUCGUCAUGUGACAGGGAGGCCGGAUGCCGCAAGCCCGUGGGGGAAGAUGCGUUCGGGGCGACUAUCGCCGAGCACGUCGACCGCAACGGAGUGCGAGCUAUCCAUGACCUCGCGUCCGGUAAUGCGCGGAAGCACAACAGGCCAGCGGCAUCAGGAGCGGCAGCACCGGCGGUCGGCAAGGCCACGGCCGACCGUUCGGGUGUGCGUUCCCGUCGCAGGGUGGCUGACGGCCGUGCCUUCGGCAAACCUGCAGCAAGGGGUGGUGUGGGUGGGCGGGACGGGCCUACGACCGGCGGUGAUGGCGGGUUUGGAGGCGAGACCUACACCGGUGGACCGGCCAGCCUGUCUGACCACACUCUUCCUUGGCUCUCGUCGUCAUGUGACAGGGAGGCCGGGUCAGGCGGCGAUGGCGGUGCCGGCGGUGCUGGCGUGGAUGGAUUUGGCGGUGGCAUGUGGACAGGGACAACGAUGCAGGGCGCGGGAGGGCCGUGGACGAAGGAGAUUGCUUCGGUCAUGUCUUCGGCGGCGCAAGCAAGGAAAGGCGAGCGGUCCCGCCCGCUGCAGCCCCGUAAAAAUUCGAGCGGGGAGAAGAAGCAGCAGCAACAGGAGGAGGGGUUUAUGAAGGUGUCGAGCGUCGGGGCGAGCGGGGAAAAAGGAUCUCGAUGCUGGGAGAACGCGUUGACGGCGACCCCGGCACAGGGAACGUCCGACCAGUGUCCCGAGAUCCACUUGGAGAAGCACGACGAGGGCCCGCCGGCAGCAGGUAGUGCCGUGAUGCUCGGAGAGCCGAUCACGGACUCCAAGGUUCUGAAGGCCGUGAGGAUGCAUCUCACGAACAAGGUGGCUGACGGCCGUGCUUUCGGCAAGCCUGCAGCAAGGGGUGGUCUGGGUGGGCGGGACGGGCCUACGACCGGCGUUGAUGGCGGGUUUGGAGGCGAGACCUACACCGGUGGGCCGGCCAGCCUGUCGAACCACACCCUUCCUUGGCUCUCGUCGUCAUGUGACAGGGAGGCCGGGUCAGGCGGCGCUGGCGGUGCUGGCGGUACUGGCGUGGAUGGAUUUGGCGAUGGCAUGUGGACAGGGACGACGACGCAGGGAGCCGGAGGGCCGUGGACGAAGGAGAUUACUUCGGUCAUCGGGGAGAAGCAGCAGCAGCAACAGGAGGAGGGGGAUGCAAAGGUGUCAAGCGUCGGGGCGAGCGGAGAAGAAGGAGCGCGAUGCUGGGAGAACGCGGUGGCGGCGACCCCGGCAAAGGGAACGCCCGACCAGUGUCUCGAGGUGCACUUGGAGAAGGACGACGAGCGCCCGCCGGCAGCAGGUGUUGCGGUGAUGCUCGGAGAGCCGAUCACGGACUCCAAGGUUCUGAUGGCCGUGAGGAUGCCUGUCACGAACAAGCAGAUACCGCAGGGCCUUGGGGGAAGAUGCGUUCGAGGGGACUAUUGCCGAGCACGUCGACCGCAACGGAGUGCGAGCUAUCCAGGAUCUCGUGUCCGGGUGGCUGAUGGCGGUGCUUUCGGCAAGCCGGCAGCAAGGGGUGGUCUGGGUGGGCGGGACAGGCCUACGACCGGCCGUGAUGGCGGGUUUGGAGGCGAGACCUAUAUCGGUGGGCCGGCGAGGGUGUCUGACAAGACUGUUGGUUGGCUCUCGUCGUCAUGUGACAGGGAGGCCGGGUCAGGCGGCGCUGGCGGUGCUGGCGGUGCUGGCGUGGAUGGAUUUGGCCCCGCCUCCAACCCGCCGUCACCGUCGGUCGUAGGCCCGUCCCGCCCACCCACACCACCCCAUGCUGCAGGCUUGCCGAAAGCACCGCCGUCAGCCACCCUGCGACGGGAACGCACACCCGACCCGCCGGCCGCGGCCGUGCCGACCGCCGCUGCUGCUGCCGCUGCUGCCGCUGCCCUGUUGUGCUUCCGAGCAUUACCAGACACGAGCUCGUGGAUAGCUCGCACUCCCUUGCGGUCGACGUGCUCGGCGAAAGUCGCCUCCAACGCAUCUUCCCCCACGGCCUUGCGGCAUCUGGUUGUUCGAGAGAGAUGCCGCAACACCUUGGCGGAAGAUGCGUUCGAGGCGACUAUCGCCGAGCACGUCGACCGCAACGGAGUGCGAGCUAUCCACGAUCUCGUGUCCGGUAUAGCGCGGAAGCACAACAGGCCAGGGGCAGAAGCAGCAGCAGCAGCAGCGGCGGUCGGCAAGGCCACGGCCGGCCGUUCGGGUGUGCGUUCCCGUCGCAGGGAGGAUGAAGGCGAGGGUGUCUGA